AUGGCUAAUAGUAAUAGGUGGUGGACCGGCGGCUUGCCAGUGGCUGAACCAAGUCUGAUGAACAAACGCGAAAGGGAAUUUCCGAUCGAUGAGAACAGCGGUGGAAGCAAUGAAUCUGCUGAUAAAGAUGCUGUAGAUGAGCCAAAAGAGGGUGCUGUUGAGGUUGGCACCCGUAGACAGCGAGGCCGGCCACCGGGAUCCAAGAACAAGCCAAAACCACCAAUUUUCGUCACCCAGGACAGCCCUAACGCCUUGCGGAGCCACGUCUUAGAAGUGACUGGUGGCACAGAUGUGGCGGAGAGCAUAGCCCAAUUCGCGAGGAGGCGUCAAAAAGGGGUAUGUGUAUUGAGUGGCAGUGGAUCAGUGGCCAGUGUCACCAUAAGACAGCCUGCUGCACCUGGGGCCGCCGUGGCACUACAUGGAAGAUUCGAAAUUCUGUCAUUAACCGGAGCUUUCCUCCCUGGCCCUGCUCCUCCUGGCUCCACCGGCCUCACAGUGUACCUAGCCGGUGGUCAAGGGCAGGUAGUGGGGGGAAGUGUUGUAGGUCCCCUAGUGGCAGCAGGACCAGUUAUGGUUGUCGCCGCCACUUUUUCUAAUGCAACUUAUGAAAGAUUGCCACUUGAAGAUGAUGAAGAUGGAGGUGGCUCCACACCUGCUCCGGCUACCGAAAAAGCAGAAAAUUUUCCGCCGGGAAUUGGAACAAGCAGCGGUGGACAACAACAGCAUGGGAUUCCUGAUCCUUCAUUGCUUCCAAAUUACAAUUUUACGCCGAAUUUAUUAGCAAAUGGUGGACAGUUGAAUCAUGAAGCAUAUGCUUGGGCACAUCCAAGGCCUCCUUAUUGA